UGCGGCUUUCCUGGCUCUACCUACUCUGAAAUGUAGAAAUAAAAGUAAACAAACACUAUUUCGAACUUUCAAGUUGUUAUCAGUUUCCAACUUUGAACUUUUCAUCCAACGAAAAGCAAGCUUUUCAGCCUCUACCUAUGACAAGAGGCAGCUUCAUUUUCCAAUCGAAUAUGGUUUAUUUCAUCGUAAAUCCUCAGUAACUAAAUCAAAGUUGAAGCUUUAUUUUCAUUUCAACAUGGGCCAGAAUAGUUUAAUUUUCUUAUCAGUUAUCACCUAAUUUUCAAAAUUCGCAUUUACUCAUUUUCGAUUUUGAAAACUUUAUUAAAAUACUCAGCUUUUGCGGAUGUUAGCCUGCGAUAGUGUAACGAAUACCACCGACCACAGCUUGGGUAAACUUCUCAUCCAGAACAACACUGUUGAAAUGCAGUAGGUAGAACUAUAAUCAGAUAUGAAUUUUUUACAAAAUGGUCAAUAAUAGAAAAUUGAAUUCGAAUAAAUGAGGAAGAAUAUCGUCAGCAUCGUAUUUGUUCUUUGAACUUCAGUGCACUGAAACAGUUGUCAUGAUUUCGAAUAAGUAAUCCAAAAAUAUGUUCCCUUUCCACCGUAAACAUGGAAAUAGUGCGAAUCAAUCGAAACAGACAGGAAAACGGCGCAUCAACCCAAAGGAUAGCGCCGACGAUGGAGAAAUGUCUGAUGAAGAAUACUUAGAGUAUAUUCGCAAUAAUGACAACAGUAGACACCAAUUAACCAGCGGAGCCCAUGAUCGAUACUGCCAUAAAAUUUUACGCGAAAAAGAAGACGUUCUUUUAUCCGCAUUAAAUGCCACUGAUGACUCGCUACCUCCGUUGAGUAACAGCUAUCGUCUAGGACCUUCAAAUAACAAUAUAUUCAAGUGUUUGCUACCGGAUAGCAGUGAAAACGCGAGCAAAUGCAGAGAAAGUAUAUCAAUGCCUUCUAGUCCUGUUGAAAACAAAGGGUUUUUAUGCGCUGAGAGUAUAUCGCGUCGUAAAAGUGAUACAAUUACGGAUAGCAAAAUUACAUCACGAAGUGCUAGUGCUUACGCUAGUAAUCAAGAAAUCGACGACGAGUAUAUUUUGACGUUAAAAAUAGAUAACCUAGCUUCUGACAUGGAAGAUAUAAGCUUUUAUCGUAUUGGACCAAGACAUGGCAUUUACGCGAACGAUUAUUAUCCUUUUAAUGAGAAUCUAGAUAAGUACGAACUUACUGAAAGUACCACCGAUAUGUCACAACUCAGUGAUAAUUCCUCUAGUCCGGUCAAAGUAUACGACUGUAGUAGCGUUCAUCAUUACGAGAUCGAUAUCGCAACCAGCAUCGCGUUGAAAAGAUUGCUCAUCGGUUCCGAAAAUAAGUACUUCUCGAAUCAAUGGCUCAGGCAGUGUUUCAGCUUCUGCCAUAUUUCCGCCAGUAGAUGGAGACUGGUCCAGAUAAAACCUGGCUGUUGUGGUGUAAUCGCUGCUGUCGAAGCAUACCUCGUAAAAUCGUUGUUGUUCGAACCAGGAUACUGUAAAUUCAAAGAACCUCUGAGACCAAGUCAGAAAGAAGUCGUUGAUGGUUUUAUUCACGCACUCGCUUAUAUUUUAUGGCAAGCUGGCAACUUUAAAAAAGCCACCGUCAUAACACCCAGCUCGUACGAUAAUUCAAAAAUAGAAGGAAGCUCUUACGUCAAAGAUGGGAUCACCGAUUCGUUCGUUUACGCGGAAUAUUUUGAUUUCGAACAGCUCAAAGACGCCGUUGCUAUGAAUAUGAGAUUUUUCACCAACUCACCGAAUCACGGUUACCUGAAUUUUUUAAUCUGCGUGAUAUUAUCCAGAAGUAUUUAUCGCAUUCAAGAAGACAUGGACGAUGAUGCCGUAUCGCUGAUCACAGAAAACGGACACUGUUCCAUGGAACUAGUGAUGCUUUUGAUUACAGGACAAGCAGUAUCCAACGUAUUCGAUAACGACAUUCAAAUUGAUUCUUGUCUUUUGAAAGGAGUCAAACAGCAAUCAAAUAUUGGGCUUUUAUCGUUAUUCGAACAUCUAAACACCUGCGAGGUGGGCAUUAACUUGAAAUCGCCGAAAUUUCCUGUAUGGUUGGUCAACUACACGGAUCAUUUUACGGUUUUAUUUUCAAGUAAACUGGAACACGCGCAGCAGAACAUAGAACAGCCGUUUGUUUUAUAUCAUUACGAUUCGAUGACCGCAUUUUCGUGCGAAAAUGAUAUCAAAUUAGUCAUAGAUCCUUUGGCCAAUUUCUCAGACGACCAAUUAGAAAAAGACAGUACUCAUUUACAGUUGUGUAUUCGAACCAAAUGGAAGAAUGCAAUUGUGAUUUACGCUGAAAAUUCAGAAUUAUUUUUAGUUUAGUUAGAAUUUACCUAUAUUUGAAUACUUAGUCAGUCACGUAGAUGUUCUUAGAGAUAUUUACCGUACUAUUUAUCGUGUUGGUGCAAUUGUAGUAGCGUUUAAAUUACGCAAGUUCCCGGUCAAUUACACUUCUAGUCUAGUUAACAAAUUCCCAAACAUUUAAUUGAUUAAGAAAUUAUCACGUGUUGUAGGUGUACGUAACGUAUAUCCUUUACGAACCUAAACGUGAAUCAGUAUUAUAUUAUAAUCUUUGUGUUAAUAAGUGUUUUUAUGAAUCAUAAUAUCUACUUCUUUGUUUUUACUUUAUAUUUUUAACGCAGCUGAUUCGUUUUUAUUGAUCUCAUUUUCAACAUUACGAUGAUGUUUGAGAAAUUACGUUUCUACUAUCAUUAUAGUAUCACGUUCCUCGUUCUGUUGUUUGUUUCCUAUUUUAACGGGUGCAUUUAUUUUAUUAUUCAUUAUUCAAUAUAAAUAAACCGUUUUGAAGUGAA